GCUCGAAGAUUUAUUUUUGCAAUUCAAAUAACGAUGUCAAAUGUAAGUAAUUCACAGUAUUACGUAUAACGUAUAACUUUCUGAACAACGUAUUACGUGAAAAAUUCAACGUUUCCAUUCAACGAAUAACCAUUAGUUUGUUCUGAUUUGAUAACAUCCAAACCCGCUUCAUUUAAUUAUCGUAUGAUUCGACGUUGUCAACGUUUAGACGUAGGAUAAUUCUCUUCCAUGCUAGAUCUUUCUUAAUCGCGUGUUUGUCGUAAAUCUAUGAAUCUUCGAUUUGAAACACACAUAUAUAAAAGUUGACCCUGACCUCGUGCUUGAAAUUUUAAGUGUGUUAUUCGAGAUUGAUCUAGCACGUUCUAUAUCGAAUUCAAUUAAUUCGAUAUUCUCGUAUAUUUUCACAAUAGAUAGAUAAUGAUAUCACACGUAUUAUUGGUUUUGAACAAGUUCUUGAUUUAUAUUUUGAAGUUUUAAGUAAUCGUUGAUUAGCAGAACGAUCUACGCACGGCCCUGCGGAUAUGUUCUAACAUCCAACAUGGCUACCUGAUAUGUAGCAGACGAUAUAGGUGCCAUGAAAAAUUGUAAAUAAAAUUCAUUUUUAGCUUUAAUUAUGAGUGGACGUGUACAAAAGGAAUGUGACGAUGAUUCUGAUCGUGUUGACGAUGCGGUGGAUCCUAGAGUACAGAUUGAACUUGAAAGAUUGAACACAGCUACCGAUGAUAUCAAUAAACUUGAAGUCGAUUUGGAUGAAGCAAGAGCCACAUUCAGGGAGUUAUUGUGUGAAUCUACUAUUAAAAUUGAUUCUCUGGCUAAGAAACUUGGAGCCUGUAUAGAAAAGUCUAGACCUUAUUAUGAUGCUAGAUUUAAAGCAAAAGAAGCUCUACAGGAGACACAAAAGGCUGCAAUUAGAUUUGAAAGAGCCAAUAGUCAACAUGCAGCUGCCAAAGAGAUGGUAUAUUUAGCCGAAGAGGGAUUAAGAACAGAAGGAAGAUGUUUUGAUCAUGCGUGGCAGGAAAUGUUAAAUCAUGCAACAGCUAGAGUUAAUGAGUCAGAACAUGAACGAGCUCUUUCUGAAGCGGAACAUAGGCACACGACUGCGUUGUACCAUAAAGCAGAACACGAAGUUCAAAGAUUACAACGAGAAUUGAAACGUGCUAUUGCCAAGUCAAGUAUGGGUGCACGUCGCAGCUUGCUUCUGAUAAACAGUAUCGCCUACAGGCACAACUUGCUCAUGUUGCCUUAUUAUGAAAUGAAAGCACAUUUCAAUCAAAUGUUGGAAGAACAAAAGAUGAAAGUUAGUGUAUUGGAGAGGUCAGUUGGUGAAGCUAAAAUGACAUAUGCGGAAGCUUUGAGAAAUUUGGAACGUAUUAGUGACGAGAUACAUAGAACAAGGCAAUGUGAUACUACAGAUGAUUUUGGAAAACAUAUAAGAGAUGGUGCAGAUCCUUCCUCUAUACAGACAAAUACAGCGACUCCAACUGACUCAAGUGUAACUGGUUCACCGGAUAGUACAGAUUAUACUAGUGAUGAAUAUUUACGCCUCCCUGAAAGAAUGAGUCCGAGUACUCCUUGCCUUGUGCCUACCAAAAUUGAGAGGAAUCCAUCCUCUGAAUAUUUGGGCCUAAAUAAUAUGAAUCUUUCAACUACAGAACCUCGAAAAUAUAUAAAGCGAGACCGUCCGCGAAGCAUCGCCACAACUGACACGAAACAUAUCGUACAAUUAAAUCAUACAAGUUCUUCUACAUCUCGUCUAUCUGAUCUUUCUAGCAUUAUAUCUCCUAUUGAAAAGAAAGUUAAGAUUCAAUCACCUGUACGCGAUGAGAAAAAUAAUUCUGUAACACAGAAUGGCGAAGAAUGGACAGAAAUUAGUUUGAACAAUUCUCCGGAUGAAAUUUAUUACAACAAUGACAUCUAUUCCGAUGAAGAAGAUCAAAUUCCUUAUAAACCUUUGCCAAUGGAUUUGAGUCCUGAAAAUGUCAAUCUUCCAAUUCUUCCAGUGAACAUUCAAACAUUACAUAAUGAUCAAAAUAAUCGGAAACGAUUAGUUUCACAAAAAUCAUUACCUGCGAUGACACGAACGAAUGAAGUUAGUUUAAGCGAAGAAAAAAGAGCAGAAGUCACACGAAGUCCAUCAGUAAGAAGUAAGGGUAAAUUGGAUAGUAGUUUAGCUAAUUGGAUUACUCGAAGUUCCGCUGCCAGUGAAAUGAGCGAUGGUAGUUCUGCUAAUUCAAGUAGAAGACAAUCUUUGGAUAUGUUAUGGAGUGGAGGAACAGGAGAACGAGUCAAAGAAUUGUUAAAUCAUGGAAUGAUGAUGCUAAACAUAUCUGGUUUAACAGAGCGUCGUUCUAGCGAACCAAAAACAAGUGAAAGAGAUAAGGAGAAAUUUGAAAAAUCAGAAUCGAAAGGAAAGAAGGUUCCAAGUCCUUUAGAAAAAACUAUGACUUAUCUCAAUGCAGAUGAAGAAACUUCAGACAGCGAAAGUUUAGCUAGCGUGGAGAUGUUAACAGAAGAUCAAAUAUCAUCUCUUAUGAUGGAACCUGACAUGAAUCAAGUUUGUCAAGAGAUUCUAGGUACACCGUUGGUAGAAGUCUGUCCUUUAUUACAACAGCUUCAGCAACAACAGUAACGUUCUUUUUCUUUUUAAUAUCGACCUCAUUUUAGCAAAUUAAGCAUAAAAAAGGAAAGUGUUCAAAAACUGAAUAACGCGAUAUAAUAUCAAAGCAGUAUUUUUUGUUAGAAAUUCAUUUGUACACGUGAAUCCACUGUUUUAUGUUUCAUUUUUUAUGACUAGGGACUAGUUAAAAUACGGUGCAUAUAGAAUAUUAUUUUGUAAAUACUAUUUCAUAUAUAAUGAAUGUCUGUAAGGUAGAAUGUGAAAUUGCAUUGUCUUUUAAAAUAUUUAUAUAUGCACUUUUUGAAUUUGCUUUUUUCCUGUUAGUGCCAGUAAUUACUAUUUUUAAAUCUGUGUGUACUUUAGUACAUUAUUAUAAUUCUAAAAAGCCUAAAAGAUUUUAUGGA